AUGGGUUUGUUGAAGUCUAAAAACCUCAAGCAAGCCCAAAUUCUUCUUCUGGGACUUGACUCUGCUGGGAAGUCUACACUCCUUUAUAAAUUAAAGCUUGCUAAGGAUAUUGUGACCUUCCCAACAAUAGGUUUCAACGUGGAGAUGAUCGAGCUGGAAAGGGGUCUCUUGCUCACGGUCUGGGACAUUGGAGGACAGGAAAAAAUGAGAACUGUGUGGGGUGAUUUCUGUGAGAACACCGACGGGCUGGUGUAUGUUGUGGAUAGUACGGACAAUCAGCGGCUGGAAGACUCCAGGAGAGAAUUUGAGCACAUUUUGAAAAACGAGCACAUUCAAAAUGUGCCUGUUGUCCUGUUAGCCAACAAACAAGAUGUGCCUGGAGCUCUGACGGCAGAGGACAUCACCAGAAUGUUCAAAGUGAAAAAACUCUGCAGUGACCGGAACUGGUAUGUGCAACCCUGCUGCGCCGUCACCGGAGACGGGCUGGUGGAGGGGUUCCAGAAGCUAACUGGGUUUGUGAAAAGCCGCAUGAAAUCAAGAGGAGACACUUUAGCAUUCUUCAAGCAGAACUGA